GGCGGCGGCGGCGCGAGGCGGCGGGUCCGGCCGCGGCCUCCCCUGCGCGCGCCCGGCGGCUGCCUGGGGGCCGCGCGGCUGAGCGCGCGCCCGGCCCGCGCCGGCCCGCGAGUAUAUUACCUUCAGGAGAUGGCCUCUUCUAAGUCUUUGGUGAACCUUCUAACCUUCACGUUUGGAUCAGCAAUAGGAUUUUUUGUGUGCUAUCUUCUAUUUAGCAUUAUACUAGAAGAACAGGUUACGAUCCAGCCUCAUGUCCUUCACAAUGAUCCACACGGUCAACACUCAGCAGAUAUCGAUAACAACCAGCUGCAAGGUCAAAUGAAUUUCAAUGCAGACUCUGGACAGCAUAAAGAUGAGAAUAAAAAUAUUGCAGAGGGACUGUAUGAGAAAGUGAAAAUACUCUGUUGGGUCAUGACUGGACCUCAAAAUCUAGAAAAGAAAGCCAAGCAUGUUAAGGCCACUUGGGCCCAACGUUGUAAUAAAAUAAUUUUUAUGAGCUCUGAGGAAAAUAAAGACUUCCCAACUGUGGGCCUAGAAACCAAAGAAGGCAGGGACCAACUGUACUGGAAGACUAUUAAAGCUUUCCAAUAUGUAUAUGACCAUUAUUUUGAUGAUGCUGAUUGGUUUAUGAAAGCAGAUGAUGAUACAUACGUUAUAUUGGACAAUUUGAGAUGGCUUCUUUCAAAAUACAGUCCUGAACAGCCAAUAUACUUUGGAAGAAGGUUUAAGCCUUAUGUGAAACAGGGCUACAUGAGUGGAGGAGCUGGAUAUGUUCUAAGCAAAGAAGCACUGAAGAGAUUUGUUACUGCGUUUAAAACAAACAAAUGCUCUCACAGUUCCUCUAUUGAAGACCUAGCACUAGGAAAGUGCAUGGAGAUCAUUAAUGUGGAAGCAGGAGAUUCCAGGGAUACAAAUGGUAGAGAAACCUUUCAUCCCUUCAUUCCAGAACAUCACUUAAUCAGAGGAUACCUACCAAAAACAUUCUGGUACUGGAAUUAUAAUUAUUAUCCUGCUGUAGAGGGUCCCGGAUGCUGCUCUGAUCUAGCAGUUUCAUUCCACUAUGUUGAUUCUGUGACUAUGUAUCAUUUGGAAUAUUUAAUUUAUCAUCUCCGACCGUAUGGGUAUUUGUAUCGAUACAAUCCUGAUUUGGUAAAGAAUCCAGAAGAGCAGAGCAAAAGUGAAGCACUGGAGGAUGAUCAAAAGCUAAAGCAAAAAAUUUCUGAGAAUUAAUUGGACUUUGAAGAAAACGAAAAGAAGUCAGUACAAUGAAUGAGAGUCUUCGCAAACUCCUGCAUGAAGCUUGUGGACUGAAAUUACUUAUUGUGAUUCUUAUUUUGAAAAUCACAGUGGCAGUAUUUCCUGUCACUGCCUGUGUAAAACAGAGUCAGGUGCUGGCUCUGACUGUUUGGGAUAGCAUGACCUUGCAGCCCUGCUCACGAAGAUUUGGGACCCUCCAGCUGUGAAAUUAGAGGGUUUUUUUUUCUGGAAGAAUUUGUAUAAAAAACAUAGUGAAUGGGUUCAAAGAUAAUUAUAUUUGUUCCUUUUUCUGUUUUCCUCUGUUUCCUUCUGGAUGUUCUGCUGUGUCAUUUCUACUAUUAGAAACUGGAUGCUGCACAGUCAAUUCAUGGCAGGUUUUUCUGGUAUUCUCAGUAUUUUCAAGUUACUUGGUUUACCUUGCCCUUUAAGGAAGGGAGAGGCAUGAAAAUAGAGUCUCAAGUCUGCUUUGCCUUAAUGACAGGCUGGUUAUUAUGAAUAGGCAGAGAUCCACCCAGAAGAUUAAUCUGAAUUGUUUCAGAAAUGGAAUUCACUGCUAUGAGUUUUUUUUGUCUUAAUUUUUAAGUUUCUUGUACAAAACAAUAUGACGUUGGAUCACUACUGGUUUAAGGAUAAAAACAGAAAUGCUGUUGUUUAAAUUGCUGAAGUGAUGCAAGCUGCUUACAUAUUUGCUUGCCUGUGGCUGUUUUUUUUGUAUUUUCUUAUUGGUUGAAUGGAUAUAAAAAUUAAUCUCAGAAUUUCUCAGCAUAAAGUAGGCACUUUCUGGAAUAGAAGUCUCUCUUCCAUCACACCUUCUAUAUAAACCAUAAAGGAUAGUAUCUUAGCAAAGUUACAGUGGCGUUACAAUGGCAUUACAGUAAUUUAGUUUCAGCCAGUAUUAUAAUUAGUUUGUUUCCAUUUCAUUCUCACAUCCCUGUACUUUGAGAUUGUGGAGUUACCUCAUUCAUUAAAAUUUUACAGAUUUAAGUAACUGCUGUUUUAAAACUGCAGCAAAGCUGAUUUGACUGCUUCCCUACACAUCUAGUUUAUUUGGCUAAAGUACUUAAUUUCACUUUUCUGAACAUUAUUUGUUUUCUCCACUUGUAAAAUUUCUUCUAUAUCAGCUUCUUGUUACCUUUUUCAGAACAAAGUGUUAAGUUAGCCUUAUUUCAGUCGUUUUGAAGCUGAAGUGUAUUGUUAUUCAGGUAAACAAGCCUGAAUGCAGGAAUUGUUCAAAGUGCAUUAACUUUCUCCACUCAUUUAUGAGUAUCUCUGCCUCUUAACUGAAAACACUUUCUUGGUGUGCAAAAUAGGUGUUUUAGUUACUGAAGAAUUUUCAGAGGCCAAACCUAUGUUUUUUAUAGUUAAUGUAAAAUCUUUCUGGUUUUCUCUUUUUCAAGUUGAGUCAAUAUCAGUGUCGGGGAUAGAGUUAAGCUUGACAUGUAGUGUGUCUUUAUUCCACACUUGAACUAAAGUUUUUUCAUCCUUUUAUCACUUUUCACCUUCAUCAUAUUGAUGAAUUUGGACAUAACCUAAUUACCUCCAGUCAUUGUAUUGUAAAGGGCACAUACUAGUAGCAGACAGCCUUAUUUGCUGCUGCUGUCCUUCAGGAUCUUUCUGAAAGAGCAUUUAACCAUAAAGUACUGGAAUAUUUUUUCCAAAGGUAGUUCUUUUACAGAUUGGGGUUUUAUCUGUUGUCCAACAGUAGAAGGUCAUGGCUCUGCAACAUUAUGGCAAUUACUGAUAGGUUUCAUAGAGCUGAAGUGUUCCAUACAUUUUCUCUGGGUUCAUAUAUCAAGUACUAGUUAAAUAGUUGCUGCAAGGUUGAAUCUGUUGGUCUUUUAUGAGCAAGACUGCCUCUGAAGUACUGAAAGGGAGAUGAGCUUUAUUUUAUGUUAAUUGACCAAAGUAGAAACCAUAUUUGUUUAAAAUAGGAAAAAGUCUCCAGUUAGCUCUAGUCAGAGGGGUGCAUGUCCAGAGGAGAAUGCAUGGUACCAUGCUGAGAGGUGCUUCCUUCUGUGAGCUAAAUGUUUAACCCACGUGCAGCACAAACCAAUAAUAUUGUGAAAUCCAUUUGGUAUUGAUAACUCCAGUAGCAUUAUUCAAACAUGAAAUUAAAAUUUUCUGGAAUACUUAAGGAAGUUCUAAAGUCAAAUCAAGAUCCUAGCUUUGUAAAUUCAGUCCAUGUAAAAAGUCUACCCAAUUACUGUAGUUUUUCUUUAUUAAUGCUUUCUUCCUUAGUUCAACCUUGGGAAGUUAAAGAUUUUCUUCUACAACAGGCAGAACUAAUCUUGCAUAGUUUCUGAUUUGUGUCCUGUGUUUAGUCUGUGCUGCCUUGUGAAGUAACAUAACUUACUUUUCAUGUUCCUUACUAUCCUGUCUUUGGGUUGUCAAUUUCCUCGUGUGUAAGUCUUGAAUGGACAAAAGGAAGCAGCUAGUGAGAUGUUUGAGCAAUAGGUUGGUUGCUGAUGUGGCGAGUCAAACCAGCUAUUGCUGAGCUGUUGCUGAGCUCACAGUGAAGUCUUUUCCUCAGCAGCAGUUCUAAUUUUUGUCUGCUGCCCAGCUGGGGCCUGUGGGCUUAGCCGUGUGGGGCAGGAGUGUCCCUUUCCACAGAACACAUAGGACCUCAGGGGAAAGGGAGAAAUUAAGAAACAAGUUCCAUUUCUUGAGGGAAUAAGGCUAAGAACUUUCUACCUUGUGAUAAAUAGGUGGCCUAUCUGAGGAGUAGCCUUUUCCAUUCCAUUCUUGGUUUGUUUUAAAGUGUCCUUGCUCUUAGGCCUCUGAAGAUUUCUUUUGCCUUUUUAACAGCACUGCAAAGAUUUUUUUUUUCCUUCCAGACAAGCUAGAAAAUGAUCAGUUUUUACAUUUGGUGAUUAUAACAGAGGACUGUUAUUCUCUGUUGAAUUGUAUUGCCAUAACAAUGAGCUGAUACCUCUGAAAUAAUUAGUUUGUAUCUCACUAUCUUCAGAAGCUUCAGUAAGACAGGGUUGGAAUGUGAACUGUUAUUAUAAUUUUAAUGUGCAAUAUUACACUACUAUUAGUGUAAUAUUAGUCUGUUAUUUCACUCUCAGGUCUUUCUGCUUUGAAAAAGUAUUUAUUGAGUUUGAGUAUUUCUGCAGCCCAGUGAGACGACAGUAUUUCAGGUAGAUGACCUUUCUGAAGCAUGGCAACAUAGGCUCUCUUAGGCUAUACUGAUUACUGCUGUGGUUUUGUUUUGUUUUGCUUCUAAAAAAGGUUUCUUAAUUUUAUAAAACCUAAAAGCUUCCAGUUACCUUCUGAUCAUUGUUCUUAAGCAGAGGAUAGUAUUAAUCUUUGCAGAAAAAGACAAAUCUUAAUCUUCCUUCACUCCCUGAUAAUUUUUGUAAUCUAUAUUGGUCUUAUUUAAGAGGUUAAACACUGGUGUUAACACCAUCUCUCAUUUUGCAGAAGCUCUUUUCCCUGUAAUUACUGCCUUUAAGGACACUUACCUUGUUUUCCUUUGUUGGGGUGUAUUAAAAAUCACUUUUUCUUCACAUGUUGCCAUUUGUUCUGUUAAGCUUUCAGAAGUAUAAAUUUUAGUGAGUAGCUGAUAGACCUCUUAUAAACAGUUUGAUAUCUGAGCAGGGUGUUUUAUCUUUGUACAACAGAACAGUGUGGAUUAUUUCUCUGAUGUACCUGCUGCUGUUGUUAAUAGUGCAUGCACAGAUGAAAAUAGAUCCCUCAAUACAGAACCACUUGGAAAGACAAUUUUGUCCUUUUUCUGUCAAGGAUAUCUUCUGUGGAACUCCAAAAGUGUAAUUUGCUUUGUUUUACCUUAAUGUAUUUAAAAUAUUCCACAAAUGUUAUUAAUACUCUUAAAAGAAUUGAAUAUUGCUGCUGGACAGUAUGCUCCACUUCAAACCUGUGAAUGUUUCACUUGGCAAUUGUAAGUAGUCGUGUCCCUUAAUGGCAGAUACAAACUGGUGACUUGUCUGGAAUGAUCACCAUAAAGAUUUGUUUCUUAAAUAUCUUUGAAGUGCCUUUGACCAAUUUUUAGCAUUGAAAUUGAGAAUCGAAUAAAUAAGUUAUCUCCUCCA